GCUGGGCGUGUGAUGUACUCUGAGGACCUGGGAGGGGGAAGUUUUGGGGCUUUAAAAAGUGCCCCAUGUGCCAGCCAAGAUUUGUUGGCACCAACCAUCAACCUGGCCAGAAUCCCCUAAAAUACCAAGCAAGCAACCAACAUGGGGAAGAAGGUAAGUUUUUCUGAGGUACACCACGGAACCUAAAGUCUAUCAGAACGCUCGGAGAGAUACAAAUUCUAGUUGCUAUUCUAGAGCGGUGGUUUUCAACUAGUGUGCCUCGAGCCCCAUCAAAGUGCGCUACAAUCAGAUUGACGUCAGAACUAUAGUAGGCUGAAUCCUUAAAUUUAGAUUUCAAAAUGUGUUUCAGCGUUAAAAUUUGAAUUCCCAUCUGGCCAUUAAUUCCUACAGUUUGGAUAUUAAAUGCAUGUCUUUCUAGUAAGGCUUCAUGUAAAUGUGCAAUUUAUAAGCUACUGUGGACGGUAAAAAGAGAAAACAUUGGUGUGACUUUUAAAAAACCUACUCUUAUAGAAGUUGGGGUUGGUCUGAAAAAGGUUGAGAACCAGUUUUCUAAGUCAUUAAAAAUUGCAGUUUAUCAGUAUAGAGUCUAGAGCAGGUGACUGGGAAAGGAAUGUACAGUAAGGUUGUUGCACAUAGAGUAGCACAAAGAGGAACAAGAAUAUAAAAAGAGGAGGUGGUGGAGGAACAAGUCAGAUACUUAUCUUACAGGAGACUUAUCUGCUCAGGGGUCCAUAACAUGGGAUAAGUCCCCGCGGAUCAUUGAUACAUUUGCAGAGAUAUCAUACAGACUCUUCCAUGACACUAACCUUCUACUGCUGAUAUUCUGACUCCAACCUUUUAAUGUGUAUCUGUUCUUGGGGAACCUUCACUUUAUGUCUGUGGUUUUAUGAGUUAUACGAGCAGAUAUUCUUUACAUGUUUAUUUACUAUAGUGAGAAUUACAGGGAAUUUAAUGGUCAGACCACCCAAAUUGGAAGCCAAGCUGAAUUUUUCAGUUUGUCAACUUUAACCUUAAAUUUUCUAAAUUCACUUUGAAUUCCGACAGUCCUCACUUUAGUAAAUAACUCUGUCAGACGUUUGCUAUUGAGGUUCUCGUUGUUUUAUCAUUUCUGCUGUUUGAUUUCACUGUUUGUGAUGUGUUAUUUAUUUGGUGUCUGUGAUCGUACUGUUCUUUAGUUUGUCAUGAAAUAAUGUUAUAUAUGUCUGCCUUCCAUAACAGUGUUAUUCACAAUGGUGUUAAUUGUUGAAAAUUCUAAGUGAAAUCAAAGUAAAUUUGAAAUUGCAGAUCACAACUGCCAAAUUGGACAACUUUCCCUAAGUCAUCGUUGUUUUCCUUUUGGUAAUUAUCGUCUAAAAGUUGAAAUUCACAUAAUUUUCCUGACUAUCCACAACUUAGUUAAUUGUCCUGUUAGCAUUUGUCCUGUAAUUCAUAUUUUUGCUGGUACAAAAUGCAGGUCCAAAUAGACUUACUAUAUAAGUAAUAACUCCAAGUCCAGUUAUUCCAAAUAUUAUGGCGUCAGUUUUAAAAGUUAGUUUCCAUAAACCACCUCUCUGUUUAGUGAAUAAACCCCCUGACCUCUAUUUAAUGGCUCUAUUAUAAUGUAAUAAUGUCCUAUUACAUUAACCUCUAAGCCACCUUGUAUCCAAGGAUUUAUUUGCUUUGCUCUGAUAGAAUAUGUUAACAUGUUUGAGCAGUGAAAAGUGAGAUCAGAGGUUUAGCUAACAUUCUUAGAACAUUCUGUUUCUGUCGAUAAGCUAUCAAUUUUUAUCCUGUUUUCACUGCACAGGUGACAUUGUACAUUUUAGAGAUCAUGCCUUGAUGUUUGCAUAGUAUUAUUUACUCAGAAGUAGAUUUAUGUAAUAUAGCAGGCUACCAGGGUUAUUUAACAAAAUGCGAAAUUAAAGUCAAUUUCAAAUUUCAGUUUAAAUUCUCACUUUAAUGAAUACCCCUGUUAUUCAGUAAGAAUUAUUGAAUUUUUACUGAUUACUGAUUUUACUGAUUUUUAAAGAGAAAAGAAAACAGUAAAACAACUGUAUGAUAAAUACUGAUAGAUAAAAUGUGGGUUAUUUUAGCAAAAAAAACACAUUUUGUUUAUUAAUUGUUAAAUGACAUUCAAUAUACAUGUGAGAAAUACGACUCAUCAUUCAGACACAAAGACAGCUACGUACAAAAAGUGGUGCUCAGAUUGUAGAACAGUCACCAUGGAAACCAAAGGCAUUUUUCUAUGGAAUACGUCACAGUUGAAACUUUGUCUCAGAAUGGCUCUCCUUGUCUCUGAAACCCUGUCUCUGAAUGUAUCUUCCCUGGUUAAAUACUUUGUUAUUAUUUUUCCUAAAGAACCCCAAUGAAUGUCUUGGCACGCACGCUGCGUACGGUAAUGAGUAAAGAUGGCUGCUUCCAUGACGGGAGUGCAAUAGUGGGAUUCUGAAAUGGGAAUGUUUUAGGACAAAGUUCGUAAUAAAACAGAAUUUAUUGAAAAUAAAUAAAUAUAUAUUUAGAAAAAAAGACUAAUUGAACGUACGUAGUGUGGUGGACAUUUUGAUGAACUCUGUGGUUGAAAAGUUCAUUUUCUUUUUUUGUCCUUUUUUUCCCAUUUAGGAUGAAUAUGACCUGUACUCGGUGGAGGUGGAGAGAGGGAAUAAUGGAGACAUGGACGCAAAGAUCAAGAAGAAAGACAAAGGCAAAAAGAAGGAUCGAAUGGAAAACAUGAAGAGAGAGAUGGACAUUGUAAGAAACUGGGGGCUUUAGAGGAGAAUGGGGGGGGAAUCGGGUUCUGGGGGAGAUGGGAGAGGAAAGAAUCUGGGAGGAAAUGGGUGAGGGGAGAAUCAGGAUCUGGGAGGAGAUGGUGAAAGUGUCAGAAUUUGGGGGGGAAAUGGGGGUAGAAUCAGGACUUUGAUCGGAGGACAAGAUGAGGCUGCUCAAUAUGAUACAAUCUUGCUUUUUUAAAGCCUCCCUUAUAUCACAGCAUUUUAGCUAACUGCCCUUCUUCCAUGGAAAUGAUUAGAUAUCAUAAAGGAGGUGCUCAGCAAAUUACCCCCAUCUUCCUCCCCUUGUGUGGAGAGGUAAAGACAAUACAAAAUGGAUUAGUUGGUCCAUCACUUUAAAAUAUGUUUAUCAUUGAUAUAUGAAAAUAAUAAAAUAAAAUACAAAUUAUUUUCUCUUUGCAGAAUGAUCAUGAGAUUUCUAUAGAAGAAUUAGAGUUAAAAUAUUCGACAAACGUGUCCAGGGUGAGUAUGCGAAGAUCGUUGAAUGAAGCAUGAUGCCAUUGUAAGUCAUGGAUACAAGCCCUUCCUGAACUAUCACUGGAUCCUUACUUAUUGCAAAACUGCCAUUGAUAAGGCCAGGGGUCGUUGGAAGAGGAUGACAUUAAAAUAUAGGACAUCAGCAGCCAUGGGGGGGAGGGGGAGGCACAAAAAUAAUCAACAGGUGUGGAGCAAUUUGGGAAUUUUAAGAUUUUAAGCUAAAAACUACUUUUUUUGUCAAGGUAACAGAGGGACCACAAUGUUGAAAUGAUGUUUUUAGAUGCUCCCUGCCUCGGUGCAUGGCCGGGCACAGAUUCUAACUGCCAUGCAUGCCAUUCCCUAAAUUAGUUUAUAUAAAUAAAUGUAAGAAUAUAACCUUCUGUUAUAAAAUAUAAGAUGGGCCUCCUGUCUUACUCCAGGGUCUGAAGACCAGCUAUGCUGAGGAGGUGCUGCUUCGGGAUGGCCCGAACGAAUUGAAACCCCCCAAAGGAACCCCUGAGUAUGUGAAGUUUGCCCGUCAGUUGGCAGGGGGGCUGCAGUGCCUGAUGUGGGUGGCAGCCAGUAUUUGCCUGAUUGCUUUUGGUAUUCAGGAGUCAGAAGGUGACCUCACCAGUGCGGACAAUGUGAGUACACACAGUCCAUACAGCCCUUUGACCAUACGGUCCUCUAACCAUCCAAUCUCCAAUGAACCCAUCUCACUGCCAUCUCUCUGUCUUCCAGCUGUAUCUCGCCGUUACCCUCAUUAUGGUUGUCGUGGUCACAGGUUGCUUUGGCUAUUACCAGGAAUUCAAGAGCACCAACAUCAUCGCUAGCUUCAAGAAUCUAGUCCCACAGGUAUAGGAGAAAAAGCACUCAACUUAUUCAUUAUAUCAGCCUUGAUGGUUCUCUACGCCAACAUUCACUUCUUUUAUUCAUACACUGAGUUAGUUGGUAUCUCUGGUUCAUUGCAAACACUGCCUCCUGGUGGUCAUAUAGACAGUGAUCUAUUUUUGAGGACAAAUACCAUUUUACAUUGGUAAAAAGUAAAUUUAUUAAGAAAGACAGAAAAAGAAAUUGAGUUGUAUUGGUAGAAAUGCACUGAUGACAUUCAUAUAAUUUCAUCAAGCGAUUCUCUUCUAUCACAGCAAGCCACUGUGGUGCGAGAUGGGGAAAAGUCUCAGAUUAAUGCCAACCAGCUGGUAGUUGGAGAUUUGGUGGAGAUCAAAGGAGGUGACCGCGUGCCAGCCGAUAUAAGGAUUAUAACAGCACAGGGAUGCAAGGUACAGAAUUAAAGUGUCUCCAUAACCAGAUACUAUUUUUGUAUUAUCACACACAAAGUUAUUGAGUGCAGUGUGAAUUCCCAGGAGAUUCUCUGAAUCAGUUGCUUAUUUUAAAGAUAAUAAAUAUUUUGCUCUGUCUGUCGAUAACCAAGCUUCCAUAAUCCAUCAUCUAUACUUUUUUCAAUAGGUGGAUAACUCCUCUCUGACAGGAGAGUCUGAGCCUCAAACUCGGUCCCCAGAAUACACCCAUGAGAGCCCACUGGAAACCAGAAACAUAGCCUUCUUCUCCACUAUGUGCCUGGAAGGUGAAUAUAAUUUUGGGGAGAAUAAAUCAGUUUGGAAUAUUGCUUUCACUAGAGCGUUGGGUGUUUUUUUUUUCCAAGCCACUAACUUUUAGUCUACCAAACCACAGGUACUGCCACAGGGGUGAUAAUCAACACAGGAGACCGUACCAUCAUUGGGUGCAUUGCAAGUCUGGCAUCAGGUGUGGGUAACGAGAAAACGCCCAUAGCCAUUGAGAUUGAGCACUUUGUGGAUAUCAUUGCUGGACUUGCCAUCUUCUUUGGAGCCACCUUCUUUGUUGUUGCUAUGGUGAUUGGGUAUCCAUUCCUCAGAGCUAUGGUGUUCUUCAUGGCUAUAGUGGUGGCCUAUGUCCCUGAGGGUCUUCUGGCUACUGUCACGGUAAGAUACCAAUUCAUAACAAAAAUACCAAAACAUUCGAUAAUAGAAUGAUAUAUAUCACUGGGGAUCAUUGAUAUCAUCAUUUCCUUUUUUUUAAAUCAAUUUAUAAUCAGAAAAAAUCUCUGGUUUCUACCUACUGUAAGACAUCAACAGAUUCGCUCGACGAAAGGACAGAUCCCCUGAAUGAUGUGUGGUAGCUUUUCUUUACACACGUCUAAAGAUUGUAAAACCUUUGCCUUACAAUCACUCUUUAUAAAUAAUAUUUAUGGUAAAAUGUACUGAAUGCUGUGGAAUCUUAUGACUGAGGAUGAGCAAACACUUAAAAUCUCCUUUUAUAAUUGCAACUGAAUGUUUUUGCCACACUGGUAACAGGAGAUAAAAUUGCUCAUGGAGAUGGUUGAAAAUGUCCCACAAAGUGUAAAUUUGGGUUUUCACUAGACUUGUACAUGUGGUUUCAAACAAACUGGGAUUCAUGACAUUUUUGGCAAUUGGCGGUUAAUCUGAAUUCCAUAACUCUGAAGCGCCUUAUGGACGUUUCAUGAACUAACAAACCAGGCAAUGGACGAGCAUGUUCAUUUAUUUCGUGAUCCACAAAUCCAUCUGUGAUGGACCGCCUUGUACCCCGAAUGGGUACCCCCAUCAAUUGCUGCUUUCUAGUAAUCCUUGAGUACCAUAAGCACUGCACCGGACACCAUAACCACCUUAAACCCCACAAACCGCACAGGUUGGUUGGGAUCUCGCUGUCCUCCACCCACCCUGGACCCAAGACCAGGAUCCAGCUUCCAGUGGGUAGACCUUUCCUAGUCCAGAGAGUGAAGCAGGAACUGCUCUUACAAGAGCAAUCGUGAUCCAAUAGUGAUUAUAGCAAUCCCCAGAGUGAAUAUAGCUCUCCAAUCCCCCAAACAUGAGCCUAGACUUCAUGAAGGGUAAAACGAAUGUCUUUAAUGGCAGCCACAACUGGCCUUGUAUGCAGGUCCCAAUGGACAUGAGAGACUACAGUAAAAACAUACACGUGAUUACUUUGGCUCUCAGGUCCAGGACACUCCCAUACAAAAUAGGUCAAUCCCUGCCUUAUGCCUGGGAGAUAAUUGAGUCAGCACUGUAUUAAACUAAAUUAUCUCCAGGCACAGAAACCCCAAAAUACCUUGAGGCACACAAAAUCCCCACAAAGGUUACAUCCUCUGAUAGCCUCGAUCUGGGUGACCAACAUAUCCAAAAAUCACUCAGAUUGGUUUAGGGGUUCAGGAAUUUCCUGGAAGUCGUAAUUUGAUCGCCCGCAUGGUCUCAUGCCCAAAACAGUUCCAGAGAAUCAGGGCUUGCGGUCGGUCUAGUUCGGUAGUUUAAAAACAAACAAACUACCAAACAUAUUCAAUGUUCUUACCCUGGAGCUUGUUCCCCUUGUUCGUGGGAACGUUUCCACCAAACAGUGUCUUCCUAGGUGUUAUUACACCGAAUACAGGCGAUCAUGGAAGUCCAGCGGUGUUCGGGAGUUUCAGUGUCCGAAAAUAGUUCCAUGAACUCGAUGACCAAACACCACUGCCUGGUUUCAUGCGAACAAGAUGGCCGCCACCUCAUGGUUGUCCAUAGGAAUUGCGGCACCCAGACGAACACUUAGAACACUGAGGUGGAAAUUGCUAUAAAGUAGCAAUUAGGCUUAACAAACUCCAGGGUCUCCAGUUCGUGUGGCUGUUCGGUUCGCGAACCAAAUAGAAAAUUCCACAAACCAAGUCUGUUCACAUAGUUAGUAAAGGGCCCAUAGUCUUUUGGUAAGAGGCUGGCCAGCAGGCCCCUCCAAGAACCCGUGACGAGGCUCAGUUCGUCACACCGUCCAUGGCGCAUAAAAAAGGAGAUGAUUGAUGGUUAGGAGACAGCUACUGAAUGUUGAUUUUUAUUCACAGAUCAAGUGGGAAGGGACUAUUAGAGGGAAAAUGAAGGAGCAGUAAAAAAGGAAAUGUACAUCUAUAUAUUAUAUAUUUAAUAAUUAUGCAAUAUAUAAAUAUAAUUUUUUUCCUGCUCCUAUUCUUUUUCCCUCUAUUGGUUAGAUUUUCUGACUUGAUCUGUGAACCAAAUGUGGGAAAAUAUAUAUAUAAUAUUUAUUAUUUAUUAUACAUACUAUUUAUAUUUUGCCAUUUUUGUUUGUCCGAAUCGGUUUUACAAAUAUUUUGCAUAGAUGAUGUUUGGAAAAGCUGAACCGCCCGCCACAUGAAUAAAUAUCAGUCUACCCGAAAAUACAAAACAUUCUGUACACAUUUAUUUGGAAAAAACAAAUUUUCCGACCGUGCGCAAGUCUAGUUUUCACUAAUCACUGAUGAUUAAACUAGAAUUUGCAAUGAUGAAAGCAACAUUAAAAUUAUCUCCGGAAAAAUUACUUAACGUUAGAUCUUGUCCCCUAUGGAAGUGGUUUGACUCUAACGCUUAAGAAAUUGAAAUAUUUGAUGUGCUAGAAGUUAUAAGUGGUGAUUUUGCAUAAAUGGUAAUAUUUUUUAACUACAUAAUCCUUCCUGUGGCAGGUAUGUCUCUCGCUCACAGCUAAGCGUCUUGCCCGUAAAAACUGUGUGGUGAAGAAUCUCGAAGCUGUGGAGACUUUGGGUUCUACAUCCGUGAUCUGCUCAGACAAAACAGGAACACUGACCCAAAACAGGAUGACUGUAUCUCACUUGUGGUUUGAUAAUCAUAUCCACUCAGCGGACACCACAGAAGAUCAAUCAGGUGACAUUCCUUGAUAAAAUUAAGGUUUUAAAGAUAAAAGCAACAGAAAAUAUUACUCCACAAUAUGAUUUGUUCAUAGGCCCAUGUCUUGUUCAUAUUUUACCUUGUCUAAGUUUAGGUUGUAAUUUCUGAGUCUUCAAUAUUUUAGGUCAAAGUUUUGACCAGACAUCAGACACCUGGAGAGCGCUAAGCAAGGUAGUCACCCUAUGCAACCGAGCAGCCUUUAGAGGUGGACAGGACGGAGUGCCCAUACCAAAGGUAGGAAGUUGGAACACAAAUAUUCUGCAGAAAGAGAAGUAAAUUGUUUUCAUGGAAUUUGGUCAAAUGAGGCAGCAGCCAGUACCACAUUCUACAGUCCAUCAAAAAAAAAGUCCACUGAGUGAUCGAAUCUCACUGCUGUUCCAUUUAGUGCCAACGAACAGACAAUUGAAGACAACUAAUUAAAGCAUAUUAAUAGCCCUGGUAUUUUCUCACAGAGGAUCGUCAUUGGAGAUGCUUCUGAGACGGCCCUCCUGAAGUUUUCAGAGCUGACAGUCGGCAAUGUAAUGGAGUAUCGAGAACGGUUCAAGAAGGUUACAGAGGUUCCAUUUAAUUCAACCAACAAGUUUCAGGUGAGCAAGGGCAAGUGAUGCUGAGAUAUUCCACUUUACCAGGAAAAAUGGCUUUGAAUGCCCACUUGUAUAAUAAACUAGCAUGAAAACAAAUUGUAAUCAUUUGAGUGUUAUAAUAAUAUUAUUAUUAUUAUUAUUAUUAUUAUUAUUAUUAUCACUAUUAUUAGUUAGAUAGUGCCAACAUUUUUGAUGAUGUUUUACAAUUUUCAUGUGGGAAUAUAACAGAAAACAACUAUCAAGUUUUAACUAGAAACAAGAUGUUUUUGAUGAGCUUAAAUCUAGAAAUGAUUACGAUCUACAAAUAAAUGUCUCUCUCUCUCUCCAGUUAUCUAUUCAUGAGCUUCAGGACCCUCUGGACCUCCGUUACCUUCUAGUGAUGAAAGGAGCCCCUGAAAGAAUCUUGGAAAGAUGUUCCACGAUCAUGAUUAAAGGUCAGGAGCUGCCUCUGGAUGAACAGUGGCAAGAGGCCUUCCAGACUGCAUACAUGGACCUCGGUGGUCUGGGAGAGAGAGUGCUGGGUAAGGCCAGAAAAAUACAGGUGGCCAUAAAAGCUGAAUGUAUUCUUAAACAUGUAUUUUCAUACAUCUUAAAGAUAUAUCUUUUAGUAUUCCUUUAUAUACAUAGUUUAAAUAUAUAUUAUUAUUAUUAUUAAGUGAGUUCCUCAUUCCUCUAUUAUUCGCAGGAUUCUGCCAUCUUUAUCUGAAUGAGAAGGAAUUCCCUCGUGGCUUUAAUUUUGACACAGAAGAUAUGAAUUUCCCAACUAGUGGCUUGUGUUUUGCUGGACUUAUCUCCAUGAUUGACCCACCUCGUGCCACCGUGCCCGAUGCUGUCAUGAAAUGUAGGACUGCAGGAAUUCGGGUAAGUAGCAGGGAUUAUAUUAUAGGUUCUUUAAAUGAAAAUAAAAAGAUGCCGUUUAAACUAAGACGUAGAUAUAAUAUUUUUGGAUUAACUUUUUAAAUAAUUAAAUUAAAUAAGAAAAUGUAUCAUAUAUAUAUAUUAAAAAAAUAUACCAAUGUAUAAAUAAAUAUGUAAAUAAAAAUCAAAAACUGUAAUCAAGACCAAAGUGAGCAAUAACCCAACCCAACAGAACCAGAGAAUAAAGUGAAAAUGUGUCACGGGAGUCGUACCUUAACACAGGAAAAAGGAAUCCCACAAAAGGUGGUUUCGAAAGACGUAUUACCGAGUCUUAGAAUGGCCGGACAUAUUAAAUAUAAAUAGAAACACGGUCAAGAAAACAGAAUACACAGAGUCAAAUACGAAGCCGGGUGAAGAUACCAGAAAAUCACAAGUCGAAUACAAAGCCGGGUCAGAAUACCAAAAAUCACAAGUCAAAUACGAAGCUGGCUCAGGAUGCCAGAAAUCACAAAGUGAAACACGAAGCCGAGGUCAAACACAGGAAAUCACAAGGGAAUCACUAGGAGCGCUAACGAGGAUCCAACAAGAAACCACGAUAGGGCAAUGAAUGGGGGCUAAAACAAGCCUUAAAUAUUCUUACCUAUGUUCAGAUUGGUCCACGUGACGUCAUCAUUGCGAUUCAAAUUGGAUCAGGGUCGCAAUGGUGACGUGGUCAUUUUAAGACUGGGCGUGACGUCAUGCCUCCUAUCUCUUUAAGGAUGUCCUGCCGUGCAGACAGGAGGACGGCUGCGUGGCUCGAGGGAGGUGAGUAUGCUGCGCUGCCGGCAGGAGGAGGGCUGCAUGGAUCGCAAGGAGGUGAGUACGCUACCAAAUGUUAGACAAAUCCAGUCUAGUGAGAAGGGAGAAAAAGAGACAUUAACAGAAAGAGAAGGAAUGAGACAGAGAGUAAGAGACAGGACUGAGAUAAUGAGAGAGAAAACUUGCGAAUAAGAAAUAAACAGAGAAAAGUGAGACAUAGAACUUUAAAUAAUGAGAAAUUGGAAGAAUGAAGAAAUAUGAUUAAACUUAUUUUGCUUGUUUCCCAGGUAAUUAUGGUGACUGGCGAUCAUCCAAUCACAGCUAAGGCCAUUGCAGCCAGUGUGGGCAUCAUCUCAGAGGGCAGUGAGACCGUAGAGGACAUUGCUGCCCGCCUGCGAAUCCCUGUGGAACAAGUGAACAAACGGUACGAGCAAUGAGCCUCUUCAUACAGGGCACCAGACCAGGCCAUCAGCUAGCUGGAAAUACAGAAUGCAAUCUGUAUCUCUCAGUAGAUUCUGAACAACUUGCAUCCAGAUUUCGGAAAAAUAUACCCCAAAAUUCAAGGAGGCCGCAAUGUGUUUUUAUAAUAGUUAAAUAUAUUAUUAUAAAGAUUGACCCCUUUAUUUCUGUUGUAAAAUGGCAACAUCAAAACCACCUCCACUGUCACUUGAUAGCAAAAUAACUUUAAUAAACAUAUUUGAUGACAGUUGCACACCUUAAAAUCUUUGGUUUGGAUACUAAGCAUAUUAUUUGGGGCUCUCUACACCUGUCCUAUUGUGUUUAACAGUGCCCGUGGGUAUAGAAGUUUGUCAUAUUUUUAUGUCCCAAUGUAGAGUCAGCAUUGUGUAUGUUUGCAUCUGACUCAUUUACCAUUGGAAGCUCAGUUGACUUUUGGUAGAUACCUGGAGCAGUAUUUCUGUUGAGGUGGUAAUCACAAACACUUGGAAGCAAUUAAAAUAUUACUGAUCCGUGUGUAAAUCUGGGAAUGAUUCAUGUGGUCGUAUCUAAUGCUGCAUAUAGUUGCAUGUUAUAAUUGAAUGCUUAUUCUAUAGUGAUGCCCGGGCCUGUGUGAUUAACGGAGGGCAGUUGAAGGACAUGUCCACUGAAGAGCUGGUGGAAUGUUUGAAGAUGCACCCUGAAAUGGUGUUCGCCAGAACCUCCCCCCAACAGAAACUGAUCAUCGUGGAGAGCUGCCAAAAGCUGGUAAAUCCCAUAAUAGUAAAAUGGACACUCACAAAACCCAAGCUCACUCCUUCUUAAUGCUGAACUUUGGGAAGCUGUUGCAUGGUGCGUGUUUGUGUCCUAGAAUUUAGAUUAAUCUAAAUUAUUUGCCAGUUGCAAUGAUAAGGUUCUACAACAUGGAAGUCUAUUCAUGGACAAUCUGAAAAUCCACAGAUAGACAUCCCUAAUCUAUAAUGUAUCAUUUCCUAAAUUCAUGUUUCUCUCUAACAAACUGUGUCAAUGUCCCUAAAGUACUCUCUGCUGUGACCUAACACCCGAAAAGACAUCUCUUCUCAAUGUUUCUGUCUUCACGUAGGGUGCCAUCGUGGCUGUAACAGGGGAUGGUGUCAAUGACUCUCCUGCUCUAAAGAAAGCCGAUAUUGGGGUUGCGAUGGGAAUUGCGGGAUCUGAUGCUGCAAAGAAUGCAGCUGAUAUGAUCCUUUUGGAUGAUAACUUCGCUUCCAUUGUCACAGGAGUGGAGCAAGGUAAGAGGAGAUCGGUGCACGUCAUCCACUGUAUCUGCAUUCAGUUAUGCUGUAUGUCACCUGGUUCAGGCCAGAAAAUGAUCGAUUAAUAUCAUCUAGUUAAGAUAUGAAAUUACAUCAACAGAGAAACGUCAAUUUAAGGUUUACGUAGGUUCCAAAUUUCACAAUAUUAUUUAUGUCAAUAUUUCUAGAAACCUAUUUUUUCAUUUGUGUUUGAAAGACUUAUCUCUACAGCUAAACUAAGUGACUUAUAAAAUUAUUUAGCAUUAUUGCUUCUAUGUAAAACAAUACACACGAGCCACAGCACAAAUGAAAGCCCUGAAGUUCACGCAUUUCUAAAAAGGAGUAUUAGAAAUGUGUUGUUCCUGGAAAUGUGGGGCAAACUUUGCACAAUGCAGUGAUCAUUGGCACAUUUUGUGAAAUUUGUACCUCUUUUCAGAAAGUAAUACCUUAAUAAAUAAUGGGGUUCCUGCAUAAACAGCAAUUCUGGGACAAGGUCCUAAAUAUAGAAUGAUCUCAAUGAAGUGUCUGUUGGUUUCCAUGGUUACUGCUGCACUUUGGGAACAUUUCCCCAAUCUCACCUGAGCAGCUAGCACAGGGGUCCUCAAACUCCGGCCCCCCAGAUGUUGCUGAACUACAACAUGAUUCACUGGAUAUCCAUGUAAUUUAAAGAAUCAUGGGAGUUGUAGUUCAGCAACAUCUGGGGGCUGGAGUUUGAGGACCCCUGCGCUAGCACAUAAACAUGUUUUUUUUUUUAUAUAAAACUGGUAUUAUGGUUUAAUUAAUUGACUGAUAAUAUGUCUUCGUUCCACCCCAGGUCGUCUGAUCUUUGAUAACCUAAAGAAAUCCAUUGCUUACACUCUGACCAAGAACAUCCCAGAACUGGCACCAUAUCUGAUUUACAUAACAGCCAGUGUGCCCCUACCCCUAGGCUGCAUCACCAUCUUGUUUAUUGAGCUGGCUACGGACAUUGUGAGUAGGGACCCAUCUGGUUGAGUCAGCCUUUUAGGAUUUUUCAAAUCUUUUAUUUAAUCUAUUUCCUGCUGAGACUUUACUAACGUCUGGGAUUAGCCUGCAUGACAUAUGGUACAUCCAUAACCCUGACAAACUGUAUCACUUUCAGGCACUGUGUGCAGUCAAGACAUAGGGGGUUAGUAACUAAACGAUGACUUGUGGUAACAUGGCUAACAAUUCACUGCAGGUAGACUAAAAUAGCAGUGUUACAACACAUAGUGAGUGCCAGAUUCGGCUCAGUUAUAUUUAAUUAAUUUUUACAUUUCAUAUGCGAAUUUUCAACAAUUGUCCAUUUCGGGACACAAUCCCUUAAUUUUUUUUUUUCCAAUUAGACAAUUUUUAUUUUGUCGUAUAUAAGAGGGUAGGGGUACAGAAAGUAAAGAGGGGAGGUGGGGGGGGAAGGUUUUAAUCAUCAAAUUACAGUUGUACAGUAAUGCUUUUCAUUAAAUAGGUCAUUGACAUUGACAAUCAUGGUAUUGCACUUGAACGAUAUUCCUUCAUAACAAACAGGUCAUUGUGUCACCUUGUUGGUUGGUUAGUGGGGGUUGCCUAGUAUACCAAGGCCGUCUACUAACAGUUGUUCAUGGGGUCCGUCAAUCCCUUAAUUUUAACAUCCACAGAGUUGCUAAUAGUUGGUUGGUGCAAGCUGAAUGUUAUAUGCCGUGCUGGUUGACUAUCUAUAGAGACAGGCCUCACUCAUGUCUGUUAGCCAAUGCUGGUCCAGAGAAGCCAUAUUACAUUGUGUCAAAAUGUGUCAAUGACAGCGACAGGCAAACGCCACUACUGACAGGAAAAAUCAGUAUCUGAUUGGUUGUCAGGCGCUGGCCAAUCAGUUGUUAGAACAUAGUGGAUGUCCAAGCAGGCCCACCUACGAGGAUGAACUACAUUACCAUUGGCAGCGCAUGUCACUAGCGGGCGCACCCAGUGAAUGCGUUAUCAAAGGCCACGUUUAUUCAGUGCUAACUCUUACCAAACCUGCAUGUCUUGUUUUAUAUUACCAGCAAUGUUUAACUUGAAAUUCAGAGGUGGGACCUAAAUGUAGUAUCACACCCUUGUUAGGGUGUCCCACUCCUUGCACAUGCCUGUGAAGAGACAUUUCACACUGGAACACUUGGAAGACCAUUCCUAAAAAUAGGAAAAUAAUACAUUUCUGUACUGUCACUAUCAUGUUAUGGUAUUGAGUAACCUCAGGUAUUUUUUAAUGACCACAUUUUGUGACAUAAAUGUUGCUGAGACAGAGGACAAUUGUCUAUGGGCCAUGACUCUGGAGAGUUAGUGCAAUAUUAACUAUUUGUGGAGAGAGCCCUGACUCCAAAGAGUUAGCGCAAUAUUUACCCGGAAGGUGCUAUAUUCUUUUGGGGCAUUAUAUGACAUAUUUUAAGUACAAGUUAAACUUUUUGUGUCCCUCUCUGCAGUUCCCCUCUGUGUCUCUGGCAUACGAAAAGGCAGAGAGUGACAUCAUGCACCUGAAGCCCAGAAACCCGCGCAGGGACCGUUUGGUAAAUGAGGCUCUGGCUGUCUAUUCCUAUUUCCAGAUCGGUAAGUUGUCAGACACAAGGAAUCCCUAUACUUCGUGUUACGUACAGCUCUGCAUGGAACAUCAUUACCUUCUGGCCCAAAAGCUAUUUACAAUUUUUAGGCUACAAUUGAUUUACAGAAAAAUACAGCUGACUGAGAGAAAGUUUCCAAUUUGUCUAUUAAAACUUUAAACUUACUUUGAAAUUAUUUAGGGUAAUAGCUGCUUGAUCCAAGGAUAAAUCUGACUGCCAUUCUGGGGUCAAGAAGGAAUUUGUUUCCUAGUUUAUUGCAAAAUCGGAAAUGCUUCAAACUGGGUUGUUUUUUGGUUUUUUUUUGCCUACUUUUGGAUCAAUAACAAAAAACAAAUGUGAGGAAGGCUGAACUUGAUGGACGCAAGUUUAGUGAAUGACACAGUUAUUUAUUAUUUAAUGCAGAGAUACAAAUCCCAUUUUUCCAGUUUACUAUUGAUAUUUGUUUCAUUAUCCCAAACUCUUUCAGGUGUAAUUCAGUCAUUUGCCGGCUUUGCUGAUUAUUUUACCGUCAUGGCGCAGGAGGGCUGGUAUCCUGCGUACUGCCUGGGACUUCGUGCCCAAUGGGAAGAUCAGCAUUUACAGGACCUGCAGGACAGCUACGGACAGGAAUGGGUGCGAUUUUACUAUAAGUUCUUCUGUCUGGUGAUAUUGAGCUUUUUAAGAAAGUAAUUACAAUGGGAAAUAUAAGCCUUGAGUUUAUAUUUUUGGAUAAGCUUUUAAAAUAAUCUAAUAUUUAAAAAAUAUUGUAAUAUUUGCAUAUUUUGAUUAUAUAUUUUAUAUAUCAUAUACUUUUGAAAUUUAUUAAAAAUUGUUUCAAAAAAUAUUAAAUCAUUUGAAAAGUUUCUCCAAAAAUAUUAUUUUAUUUAAAAAGUUUAUCCAAAAAUAUGAACUUGAGGGCAUUGUUUGCUGACCAGAAAGGCAGAAUCACAAUAUCUAAGAAUGAAAGUUACCAAGAGUCUACAUUCUGGAAUAUCACCUCCUCCCUACGUGUCUUAAAGGCUCAAUGUACAACAGCUGACUAACGAAGGAUUAGAGGUGCUGUAGCUCAUUAGGAGUUGGACUGACAUAUUUAUUUAUCUAUUACUGGUAAAUACCAAUAUAUAAAGCGCCAACAGAUUCCGCAGUGCUGCACAAUUAGUGGAGAACAUACAAUAUACAGACAAAUACAAAAAGUAUAUGGCUUUAAAAGUAUAACAUAUGUUACUCUCCCCAGUAAUGAUCUAAAGUCAGUAUGGGCUUGUCUGAAGAACCCACACCAUAAUAAAAUAUUUUAUAAUAAUUUGUCAUUGCAUGGACAAUGCUGAGAGGCUAUGAACUUCUCGAAGGACAAAGCUACCAUUCGUGUUCUACGGAAAUGAAACCAAAGGAGAUAGGGGCUCACAACAUGCUAUAAUCCCACACAAUAUAUGCCAUUCCUCCAUCAAGACUUUAUGUUGGAGGUGAAGGGAAGGGACAUGUUAAGGGUAGUUUAGCUAAAGUAGUUAAAACAAGCAUUUAAAGAGAAACAAAAAACAGACAUUAAACCUUAGAUUAACUUUGAAGUCUAUAUCUGCCCACGUGUCCUAGCCCUCAAAUCUAUAUAUACCCUGAGUUACCUUAAUUCGAUAUAUUAAAGUAUCUAUGUUUUUAAUUUAGAUAUUCCUUCUCAAAUAAUGCCAACCAGAAAAUGUUUUUUUAUAAAUAAUAUAAAAAGAAGAUUCCAAGUACUAAUAUAUUGUUGACCUUUUUACUGAAAUGAUCAACAUGGUGAUGUAUUGGAUGUCAAUGUCUUUCUCUUUCAGACAUUCAGCCAGAGAUUGUACCAGCAGUAUACCUGUUACACUGUAUUCUUCAUUAGUAUUGAGGUGUGUCAGAUUUCUGAUGUCCUCAUCAGAAAAACGCGUCGGCUCUCUGCUUUCCAGCAAGGAUUCUUCAGGUACAUAUUAGCUAUAGCAAAAUAUACCUGUCUCAAACCGUUCCAUGUUCUAUGAUAUACCAUCAUGUUAAAUGGGAAAAACUAUUUUUAAAAAUCUGGACAACCUUCAUUGUUGAAAUUCUGUUUCGUAACAAUUUCAGAAUGUUUGUUUGUAAUGGUAAGUCACCCUUGAGGAAUGUUAAUGGGUUUAUCUUUCUCUACAGAAAUAAAGUUCUGGUGAUAGCCAUUGUCUUUCAAGUCUGCCUUGGCUGCUUCCUGUGUUACUGCCCGGGAAUGCCAAAUAUAUUUAACUUCAUGCCAAUCCGGUAAGCAAGCUUCUCCUAAAUAUAGACCACCAAUCUUUAGGUGCAGAGACCUGUUGUAUGGACCUUUCAUGGUGCAGUGAUAUCAAUAAAUGUCG